UAAAGAUGGAUUUUGGUCGCCAUACUUUGAUCUGAUAUUUACAAUCUAAAUCGAAAGUUGUUUUUAGGCAUCGUAGCAUAAAGAUGAACGGUUUACUGAAGCACAAAGACAAAAAUCAGUUAUCAGAAUGGAUUGGAAGAAAAUGCCAGUUUGAGCUUUUGUAUAAAAUCAGCAGAGAUGGAGGAACACCACAGAAAUUUCACGAACUGUGUGACAACAAGGGACCUACAGUAACAAUGUUUUAUAAUGUAGAUAAAUACGUUUAUGGAGGUUAUCUUUCCGAGAUGUGGGAGAGUGUUGGUAACUGGGCUAUAGAUCAAAAUGCAUUCCUCUUUAAAUUAUACUCUGCAGGAAAGUGGAAUGCUAAGAAAUUUCCAUACUUAUCAGGAAGUGGGGACAACUAUUUUAGGCAUAGUACAUAUGGACCACUAUUUGGUAGUCUAUGGUCUAUUGAAAAAUCUGAGCUUUUGAGGAAUUCAUCAGGAUAUUUCCCCUUGUCCACUACCAAUUUAUUUUCCGGCAAAGGCUUUAAUCUAGCUGGUGAUACAGCCAAGUCUGUAUCAAAUGGACAUAAUAACGUCACUGACUUGGAGGUCUACCUACUUAGAGAUGGCCCAAUAGAGGAAGAGGCUGACACCCCAUGGAGAGACGCGCCAGAGUGGGAUUUACAGACUUUUAAUGAAUUGAAGGAGAAAAUAACAACAUAUGAACCGUUUGAGGAGUCGGAUGUUCCAGAGGCCAACGUCUUACUGAUAGGUCAGGUUGGGUCUGGGAAAUCCAGCAUUCUGAACACCAUCAAUUCAAUCUUCAAAGGAACCAUAUCAUCCCGGGCUUGUACUGGAAGCGCUGAAACCAGCUUAACUAAGAGUUUUGAAAAGUUUCAAAUUCGAGAUCCAGCAACUAAGAGAUUUUUGAAACUGAGGAUUUGUGACACUAGGGGAGUGGAGGAGGGGCUGUCUAUAAAGAAUGAAGAUCUAGCAUUCAUUCUGGAUGGGAAUCUGCCUAACCACUAUACUUUUAAUCCUGCUGAGAAAGCAUCCUCAAAAGUUCACGGUUUCAUCAAAUAUCCGACUUUAAAAGAGAGAAUGCACGUUGUUGUGUUUGUUAUUGACGGAAGUACACUUGAUGUUCUAUCGGAAGGCAUCACUAAAAAACUAAAAGACAUCAAGGCUAACGUAGUGGAAAGGGACAUACCUCAGUUAGUGUUUCUGACGAAGAUGGACAAGAUCUGUCCUCUGGUGGAGAAUGACGUCAGCAAUAUGUUCCUGAGUGAAGUUGUAGAGGACGCUGUCAACAAAGCUGCUGACGUCAUUGCAAUUCCGAGAUCUCAUGUUCUUCCGGUUAAAAAUUAUGAAAAGGAAACAAAACUUCAAACUAACAUAAACAUUCUGGCUUUAGGUGCAUUACACCAAGCACUUAUGUUUGCUGAUGACUUUUUAGAAAACCAGUUCUAUCUAGAAGGAGAGAAUGCAACUGCAAAGGAUUAACACUUGCUCCUUGCCUCUGUACAUGCAUAUUCUGACUGAAAAUAAAUUUGUAAAGUAUCCUGUAAUAUCUUGCAU